AUGUUGCCCUUCGAACCUACAGUGAACCAAGGGGUUACGGAAGCCUUUGGGGAGGAGUCACUUGGCUCGGCAACGGAAGAGACUCUACGAAUGAUUGACGACCGGUUACACGAGACUUUACUGGAAGCAUUCGGUCACCGAGUAGACCCAAUCGUUCGAGUACUGCACUGGCCAUCGUUCCAGGAGAAAUGCAAUAUUUUCAGGCAAAGAAGACGAUCACAAAUGCAGAUGCAAGCAGGCUCUCCGUACGCAGGCGCAUACGUACAGGAGACACAUUACCCUGCACCGCAAACUUCGCCUUUCACAGGCUCAGCUAUCCCCACCAUCCAAAGUCCAUCUCUGGGCGGCGACAAGCAGUCAAGUACGAGUUUCGAUCGGGCCUUCGCCACUCUGCUCUGCGCUGUGUACUAUGCUUCCAUUAUUUCCAUAGUGCACGGACCAAAUCCUUCCGACCUUGCCCAGAGCAUCAAUGCUGUUGGCUUAUGGUCUGCACUGAGAAGGGAGAUGACCUCGAGGCUGAACAUCAUGGACGAGAGCUUUGUACAGGCGGCUUCAAUGGAAUUGCUACAAGCCAUGGUGCUGUAUCUGUCUGUCGAACUUGGCACCGUCAAUCCUCAACGACAAUGGUUGCAGCUUGGUACAACGAUACAUAUGGCUCAAUCUUUGGGGGUCCAUCGGGAUCCUUCUACAUUCGGUCUCGGCCCUAUAGAGAUCGAGACGCGCCGCAGAUUAUGGGCACAAAUCUGUGUCUUGGACGGACGACUUGCCGAACAGCUCUGCCGCGAGCCCGCCAUUAAUCCGGACACCUUCGACAUCUCUCUUCCACUAAGUCUAGCCGACCGAAGCUUAACCGAACUUGAUUUACAUAGCAGGUCGACGCACCAAGGCUCCGAUGUGGAUCUCACAAGGUUUCAAGAAAUGGAGGAUUCUCAGGAGCAUGCGGUUCCAUUCUCGCCAAUGGCACUACUUAUUGUAGAGGCAGAAACAGCACGCCAACAGCAGCAGCUCCUGUGUCUCCGAUAUAAUCCCCGAGAUCGCCCACUUCGAACAAGCUCUACUUCGCCAAUCGCAAAGCGAGCCAUUCCAUUCUCAGGCCGAACAGACAGAACGCAAUGGGCCGACGAACUGCAAGCCAGGUUUUCGGCACGAUAUAAUUGGGAUCAUUACGACAACUCGGAUCCGCUACAAUAUUUGGUGGCCGAGAUAUGCCAAAUAAGUCUAUUGAAGAUCAAGCUUAUGGGCAGCAUGACCCAGCGAAAGGAAUUGUCUGCCACAAGCCCUUACGGGCAUUCGGAGAUUAUGAGCACCUUCCACGACGCUCUGCAUCUGGCGUCACGCUGCGCCGGUCUGAUGCAUCAAUACUCGAACUCGCCUUAUAAUUGGUACACUCGACGUGUCCGCGAUGUUUAUUCCUGUUCGUUUCUGGCGGUGGCUCUCUCUUCCGACCAGCAACUCAGCGUAGAGGAUACAAGCGCGGCCUGGUCUGUUUUAGAUCAGCUCUUCCCCGCGGAUGCCGCUCAGCGACCUAUGGAGCCUGGAAUGCGAGAAACACUACUUGAGAAAAUAGUCACAAAAGCCCGCAUAAAAAAGGAGCUGCGACUCCAAAUUCCAGUUGGUACUCAUCUUGGAGAUCACGCUAUGCAAGCGUCAGCUGGAGGAUAUCCGGCGCAUAUUGCCCCUCAUCCUCCAGCCACUUCUCCUGCAAAUUUUGGUCCAAGAUCUGGUUUCCAGACAACUGGUAAUAUCUUCGAAGACUGGGAUGCUCUAGUGCAGGAGCAAAUCUGGCCUGGAAGCCUGCCAGGUGACAAUAAUUAUUGGGUAUGA